AUAAAUAAUCUUUACACAUGCUAAUGCACUCGAAGUUGCAAAAAAUUCGAGCGCUAAGCCAUAGACGCGCUACAAAACUGAUCUUCCUUUUUUCAUUCCGGGCCCUAAUUCGCUUUCAUCCCUCUAGUCUCUGUUUAACUCUUUCCAAUUCCUACAGUGGAGGAGGAAGUAAACUAGUUGUGCAGAAAAAUGCUUCCAAAACGGAUGAAGAUGGCCAUUACAGAUAACCCAAAGAAGCUUGCCAACUUGAUUGAUCUCGUAAAUCUUCCUUCAACUCUCAGGGAGUUUGUGGGCCAGUCCCAAAUUUCUCGUCUAGGCUGUUUCAAGUGUGUGUGGUCAUAUAUCAAAACCAACAAUCUUCAGGAUCCUACCAACAAGAAUGUGGUCAUUUGUGAUGAGAAGUUAAAGAGUAUAUUGCUAGGCAAGCCCAAGGUUGAGUUAGCCGAACUUCCUGCACUGAUUAAAUUACAUUUUCCCAAAAAUCCCAAGUGAGUUAUACUUGUAGUUUAACCUCUGGCAGCUCCAGAGUGACAUCUUCACAUCGCCAAUGCUUAGAAUGUUUAGCCUCAAUUUUGUAUAACUGUCCUACUAGGUCUCUUUCUCAAAUAUUGUCGGGAAAUUAUUUGACUUAACUCUCUUUUUGUGCCUCAUGUCCUUUUGUAUAUUAUAUUUGGCUUCACUUGACAUUUUAUAAUUUUUAAAUUUUUGUGCAUUGUUCUCAAUUAA